CCCGCCUGGGCACUGCUCUGUGCCCCGUGGGCCGCCAGACCCCUGGCCGGCAGCCUUGCCGAAGCCUCGGCGCUCACCUCGGAGCUGCGUCUCAGGCAGGCCCGGCACCCGGGCCUCGCGUCCCUGCUAGGUCUCCACCCUCACCUUGGUCGCCUCCUUUCCUCCACAUUCGCCCUUCAUCCAUCCCUCUCUCCUGCAGUGCUUGCGCUCCAGGCCCGAAAGAAAAGGACCAAGGCCAAGAAGGACAAAGCCCAAAGGAAAUCUGAAACUCAGCACCGAGGCUCUGCUCCCCACUCUGAGAGUGAUCUACCAGAACAGGAAGAGGAGAUUCUGGGAUCUGAUGAUGAUGAGCAGGAAGAUCCCAAUGAUUAUUGUAAAGGAGGUUAUCAUCUGGUGAAAAUCGGGGAUCUAUUCAAUGGAAGAUACCAUGUGAUCCGAAAGUUGGGCUGGGGACAUUUUUCAACAGUGUGGUUAUCGUGGGAUAUUCAGGGGAAGAAGUUUGUGGCCAUGAAAGUAGUUAAAAGUGCUGAACAUUAUACGGAAACAGCACUAGAUGAAAUCCGGUUGCUGAAAUCAGUUCGCAAUUCAGACCCUAAUGAUCCAAACAGAGAAAUGGUUGUUCAACUACUAGAUGACUUUAAAAUAUCAGGAGUUAAUGGAACACAUAUCUGCAUGGUGUUUGAAGUUUUGGGGCAUCAUCUGCUUAAGUGGAUCAUCAAGUCUAAUUAUCAGGGGCUUCCACUGCCUUGUGUCAAAAAAAUUAUUCAGCAAGUGUUACAGGGCCUGGAUUAUUUACACAGCAAGUGCCGCAUCAUCCACACUGAUAUUAAACCAGAAAACAUCUUGUUGUCAGUGAACGAGCAGUACAUCCGGAGGCUGGCUGCAGAAGCAACAGAAUGGCAGCGAUCUGGAGCUCCUCCACCUUCCGGAUCUGCAGUCAGUACUGCGCCCCAGCCUAAACCAGCUGACAAAAUGUCAAAGAAUAAGAAGAAGAAAUUGAAGAAGAAGCAGAAGCGCCAGGCAGAAUUACUAGAGAAGCGAAUGCAGGAAAUUGAGGAAAUGGAGAAAGAGUCGGGCCCUGGGCAAAAAAGACCAAACAAGCAAGAAGAAUCAGAGAGUCCUGUUGAAAGACCCUUGAAAGAGAACCCACCUAAUAAAAUGACCCAAGAAAAACUUGAAGAGUCAAGUACCGUUAACCAGGAUCAAACACUUAUGGAACGUGGUAUAGAGGGUGGUGAAGCAGAAAUUAAUUGCAAUGGAGUAAUUGAAAUCGUUAAUUAUACUGAGAACAGUAAUAAAGAAACAUUGAGGCUUAAAGAGGAUCUACAUAAUGCUAAUGACUGUGAUGUCCAAAAUUUGAAGCAGGAAACUAGUUUCCUAAGCUCCCAAAAUGGAGACAGCAGCACAUCUCAAGAAACAGACUCUUGUACACCUGUAACCUCUGAUAUGUCAGAUACUAUGAUGUGCCAGUCUUCAUCAAAUGUAGCCCAGUCAUUCAAUGAACAGGACAUCAGUCAACUUCAAGAAAGCAUUCGUGCGGAGAUACCCUGUGAGGAUGAGCAGGACCAAGAACAUAAUGGACCACUGGACAACAAAGGAAAAUCCACUGCUGGAAAUUUUCUUGUUAAUCCCCUUGAGCCAAAAAAUGCAGAAAAGCUCCAAGUGAAGAUUGCUGAUCUUGGAAAUGCCUGUUGGGUGCACAAACAUUUCACCGAAGAUAUUCAAACAAGGCAGUAUCGCUCCUUGGAAGUUCUGAUAGGAUCUGGGUAUAAUACCCCUGCUGACAUUUGGAGCACGGCAUGCAUGGCCUUUGAACUAGCCACAGGUGACUAUUUGUUUGAACCUCAUUCGGGGGAAGAGUACACUCGAGAUGAAGACCACAUUGCGCACAUUAUAGAGCUGAUAGGCAGAAUUCCAAGACGCUUUGCCCUCAGUGGGAAAUACUCACAGGACUUCUUCAAUCGCAGAGAUCACAUUGCACUGAUCAUAGAACUUCUGGGGAAGGUGCCUCGCAAGCUCAUUGUGGCAGGAAAAUAUUCCAAGGAAUUUUUCACCAAAAAAGGUGACCUGAAACACAUCACAAAGCUGAAGCCCUGGGGCCUUUUUGAGGUUCUGGUGGAGAAGUACGAGUGGUCUCAGGAAGAAGCAGCUGGCUUCACGGAUUUCUUGCUUCCCAUGCUGGAGCUGGUCCCCGAGAAGAGAGCCACUGCUGCUGAUUGUCUCCGGCACCCUUGGCUCAACUCCUAAGUCUAGCCAGCACCGCAGCAGAGCGUACCCGCAGGCCCUCCACCCUUCCUCUCCUAGCACUUCCCUCUUCCCUUUUCAGGAUGAAGCUCUUCCUUCAAGGGUUUCUAGGUGUUUUUUUUGUUUGUUUUUUUUUAAUCCAACAUGUUCAUUUGGGUUUGCUUACUUGACCCUGUGGAGAUUCUCCCACAGCCAUUGGGCAUCCUAGGUGAAUUUGGCCUUGAUUGGGCUUUGCCAAAGACUAAUGGACUAAAAUGUGAAACAGCCUCUCACCCUGUACCCUUGUCUUUCCAUUAGGACAUCCUUUAAAUUAUAAGCAGCCUUUUUUAAAAGAGCUAUGAAGAUAUAUGAGCUCAUCCUUUUAUUCAUUGACUCUAAGAGUCAAAUUUUCUAGCGCAUAUCCUAUUGCCAGCAGAAGGGUGAGAAGGGGGAGAAGGGUUUUACUUCUCUGUACAGCAGAGACAUUAAACUUGCUGUAUCCAGGCUGCAUCACCUUCCUGGAUUGUUUCUGUUGUUUAUGUUCAUAUUUUCUCCUGCGACUUUUAAGCUACUGUCUUUUUAAAUGAGCUGCAUAAACACCAAAUUUGGGUACCAUUUUAUCACUGUUCAAAGCACUGUCAUAUUCUUUUCAUCCUUUAAUAACUCUAAGAUCCUUGAAUCUUCAGUCUGAUUUUUGAUGAAAACAAAAACAGAACCACUGACUAGGAAUUUCUUCAGAAUCACAGAUGUUCUGCAAACAGUCUUCUUCUGUGUGUAUUCUGUUACCCUAACAGCAGAAUUAUUAUGAUUGGCUGUUUGUGUUUUGGGGGUUUUGUUUUGUUUUUAAUCCCUGGCUGGCACUUUACUCAUUGCACUUGAGUUUAUUGCCCCAUAACUAAAGAAUUCAAGAUGACUCUAGAAAGGUGAUCUGGAUUUUACAGAUAUCCCAUCUAAGAAGAAAAUAUCCUAGAGUUCUUGAUUCUUUUCCAAACAGUCCCUUAACUUUUAUUUACAGCUUUUACUUUACCUUGUCCAAAAUUUAGCCUUGAAGAAGUUUCCCUCUGUGGCCUUGCCUUUCUCAUUUUCUCAGAGGCUUCAGGUCUUAAUUGAAAUCCCAAGAUAAAAGAACCAAGGGGAGGGGUGGGAUGGCACUUUUUUCACUGUUUAUUUUGAGGGCUUGGUGGGUUUUUGUUGUUUUUGUUUUUUGUUUUUUGUUUUGGUUGGUUGGUUAUUGAAGAUUAGCCAUUCUCUGCUGCUAUUUCCUUGUAUAAUGUAAGUUUUUUUUUAACUGCAAUUUUGAGAUGAUUGAGAUGUACUUGAGGCUUUUUUCUUUCUUUCUUUCUUUUUUUUAAUGAGAAAGGCUUUGUGAAUCUUAUUUUAGGAUGGGCCUCUCCUAGACUUGCCCUAAACAUUGCAUAUUCCUCGGAUCAUACUGAAAAGCAAAAGAGGGGCAGGAUUGAGGUCACCGCUGCUUCAGCAUGGACCAAGUGGGCCUUUGGGAUUACAGCAUUCUCCAGAAGUGGCUGCAGGACUCUGAUUUACAGAAAGCCAAGGAGGUGCAACUUGAGGCUCUACUAGCAAAGCUACCGAUGAGACUAUUGGGUAGCCAGCUUUCUAUACGGGAAAUUGGAAUCUAGAUUGUCAUUUAUCCAUCAACAAUGACGAAGGAAAAAGUGGUGCAAUUAUGCAAUCCAUUUAACUCAUAAACAUUACCCUGAGUAACUAUGACCAGCCAUUCAUCGGAUCCUUGAUUGGGUAGUCCUGAAAUCAGACAUGUUCCUGUAGAAAGAAUUUUAAGUGAGGCUGUCUAUGCACCUAUCAGGAAUAAAGAGAAUAGAUUGUAUCAAACAACGGCAGGGAAAAUCCUUCAGCAAUUCUAAUCCACUUUGGGUUUUCAGCGAUAACAUAUAUCUAAAGCAAUAGCAGACUAGAACUGAAUUCUUUUCUACACUGUAAAAAUCACAAUUGUGGAAUUACAGGAAUUCUGGUGGUGAUAUUAAGGUGAAAUAACAAAAAACAAAAGAAGGCCCCAUUUUAACAAUUGACAUGAAAUUUUAGUAAUUUAGAACCUAUAAUUUCAUUUUGGAAAUGUUUCCCGCACCAAAUAAGGGCUUUUCCCCCUUUCAUUUAAGGAGCCAGAUGAAUUAGAAGCUGUGGAAAGAGGCAGCUGUAGAAUUUGAUCUUCCAAGUACCCCAUGUACCUUUACUGAACUUAAUCAUAAUACUAUCAGAUUGCCAUGAUCUCACUAAAGGAUUUCUAUUUGCUGUCAGUUAAAAAUAAAACCCUGAAUACAUUUUUAUUCUUUCUA